AUGGAAGAGAUUAAAUCUAGCGAGGAGAUAUUCGGCGGGCGAUUAUUGAGGGAUCUGGAAGAGAGUGAGGAGAGUUUGGAAUCGCUUUUAACAGCUCUCACUGAUACCCUCGUUACUCAUCCUCCGAGAACUCAUGUUCCUUCUCUGGAUUUACUCUGGUCUCAGUCUUAUCAAAACCAAUCGAAAUUAUCGGUUUCUGGGAGACAACUACCGUUGCUGAUUCAUAUCUUGACGACGCUUCUUAGGGGGUCGGGGGGAAGGGGAGGUAAGUGUGUAGUAUUGAUUGAUGUUCGUUCGAGUUUUUCUCCUUCCUUUUUACCGUUUGAGAAUGAUGAUGCGAGUAAUGAAGAAGAGAGGGAGGAAGAGCAAAGAAAAUUGAAGAAAUCGGAUCUAAAACAUCUACAUAUUUUCCGGCCUUCGGCUCAGAAGCUGGAAUGUACGUUGAUAGGGAUAGAGAAGUAUAUGUUGUAUGGAGAUCAUGAGAGUUAUGGGAGGGAAUUUGGAGGGACGAUUUUAUUUGGUUUUGAUGCGAGGGAUGCUGGAGGGAAUGGAGUGGGGAAUGUGAAGGGGAUGGGGAGACCGGAGAUCGUGAUGGGGUGGAGGGGGUGGUUGAGGGUUGAGAGGGAGGAGGUGCUGAGGUUUGGGUUGGGGGUUAGUGCAGAGGAGAUGUUGGGGGAAAGGGAGAGGAGGGUGGAGAUUUGUAGGGGGAAGGGGUGGAGGGGGAGGGGAGACAAGGGCGGGGAGGCUGUGUGGAAGUUGGAAUAG